CAAACAAUUUGUUGAUUCAGCUGAUAUCUAUAUAGCACUUACCAUUACUGUUUCUUCAAGCUCCCUCUUUUAAAGAUAAAAAUGAGCUGCUGGGUCGGAGGAGACUGGAUGUGCGGCGCCUGCCAGCACCAGAAUUUUAAAAAGAGGGAAUCUUGCCAACGCUGCGGGUACCCCAAGUACGGCGGCCCCGAUGUGUCGACUUACUUAUACAACAACAGUUACAAUAGUGCUGAAGUUUUAGCCGGGGACUGGUACUGUUCCGCCAUGAACUGUGGGGUUGUCAACUACGCUAGCAGAACAAAUUGCUAUCGCUGUGGUUCGUUGAAAAAUGAUUUUGUUGGUAAUUAUAAUACAAUGGGCUGUGAUGGGACUGUUCCCCCUGGAUGGAAAACCGGUGACUGGAUUUGCACCAGAUAUGGAUGUGGAGUUCACAAUUAUGCUAGCAGGAUCGAGUGCUUCAAGUGCAAGACCCCAAGGAAUUUUGGUAAUAUAUAUAUAUAGCAAACAAUACGGGUAAAACUAUAUAGAGGUUUUUGUAUUAAGAGUUAAAUUGUAUUUUUUUUUCUCUUUACUCAAAAAAUAGGUAAAUUAAUCCUCAUAUUUUAGAUCAAAGAGCAAAUUAAUCCUUUUUGUUUAAAAUUUCAUUCAUUUGUACUGUUAAAAACUCAUGUGACUGAUAGAAUAAUCAAACAGAUAAAUUUGACAUGCAACCUAUACCUAUUGACGUAUAGAGAUAAGUUUUUGACAGAAUGAUCACUUUGCUUUUUGAUCUAACAUACAAAGGUUAAUUUGCCAAUUUUUUGUGUAGAGAAAGCAAAAAUACAAUUCGACUCUUAAUACAUGAAAGAAUAUGAUUUAUUAGCAUGAAUAGGCUAUUCAGUUUUUUUUUUGGUUGAUGUU